CUCAGUCAGUCGGUGGCUGUAUUCAAACGUAGUAGCACACUUUGCCCAGAUAGUAAAACAAUAAAGUAAAAAAAAAACAAGUCACUGUACCUAUCUGCGGUAAUCCAAGUAGGUUAGAUUGUUAGUAUACCCUCGACGUGCUAGCAGAGCGGUUGAAACAAGUUCUCGCGGUUUCUGAAGUGUGUGCACGGUGUCAUAUCAAUCCUUCGAAAUGUCAGAACUCACGACGUUUAUCUAUGGACUGUUGAUAUUCUUCAUUUUUGUCCCAUUUCUACGAUGGUGGGUCAAGCGGGCUCGCCUAGGGCAGAUCAUCGAUAAAAUACCCGGACCCAAAGCGUACCCAUUCAUUGGAACAACGUAUACAUUCUUCGGGAAGAAGCACUACGAGCUCUUCUACGUGAUAGACGAACGCACUCGUCGCUAUCCGGAAAUCCACCGCAUCUGGACCGGAUUGCGGCCGGAGGUUCGAAUUAGCAAGCCGGAGUACGUUGAAACGAUAAUUGGCGCCAGCAAGCACAUGGAGAAGUCCCACGGGUAUGAAUUUCUGUACGAGUGGCUCGGCGAGGGACUGCUCACGUCCAAAGGUGACCGCUGGUUCCAGCAUCGCAAGCUUAUAACACCGACGUUCCAUUUCAAUAUUCUGGACGGGUUUUGCGAUGUGUUUGCCGAGCAAGGAGCCAUUCUGACGGAACAUUUAGAUUCGUACGCCAACACCGGCAAACCGGUGGAUAUCUGCCCGUUCAUAACCAAAGCUGCACUGGACAUCAUCUGCGAAACUGCCAUGGGGGUCAAAGUUAAUGCUCAAGCAGGUGGGGAUAACCAGUAUGUACAGGCCAUCUAUGCAUUGAGCACGCUAUUUGUGGAUCGUUCAAUAAGACCAUGGCUGCAUCCCAACUUUAUUUACAAUCGCACCGAGGAUGGACGCCAGCACAAGAAAGCUCUGGGAAUUGUCCAUGGAUAUACAAAGAAGGUCAUCCGCGAUCGAAAGGAAGCACUGCAAAAGGGAAACCAAGGCAACGGUGGGAGCUCGUCCACGGUGGUGACAGGCGAAACCGGAGACGAUUUUUACUUCGGUACGAAAAAGCGGCUGGCAUUCCUGGACCUGCUGCUGGGGGGAAAUGAAAAACAUAAUCAACUUACGGAUGACGACGUGCGCGAAGAGGUCGACACGUUCAUGUUUGAGGGACACGAUACUACGACUGCCGGCAUGAGCUGGGCUCUGUUCCUUCUCGGGCUGCAUCCGGACGUGCAGGAUAGAGUGCAUCAGGAAAUUGAUUCGAUUUUCGCCGGCUCAGACCGGCCGGCCACGAUGAAGGAUCUCGGCGAGAUGAAACUGCUGGAACGGUGCCUAAAGGAAACGCUACGACUCUACCCGUCCGUGUCAUUCUUCGGACGCAAGCUAAGCGAGGACGUCACCCUGGGUGGGUACUUUAUCCCAACCGGAACAUUGAUCGGUAUCCAUGCGUACCACGUGCAUCGCGAUGAAAGAUUUUAUCCCGAUCCGGAGAAAUACGACCCGGAUCGUUUUCUACCGGAAAACACCGAACACCGGCAUCCGUUUGCGUACAUUCCGUUCAGUGCUGGGCCACGCAACUGUAUCGGUCAAAAGUUUGCCAUUCUGGAGGAAAAGAGCGUCGUAUCGUCUGUUCUGCGGAAAUUCCGAGUGCGUUCGGCAAACACACGGGAGGAGCAGAAAAUUUGCCAAGAGCUCAUCACUCGACCGAACGGUGGCAUUAGGCUUUUCCUGGAGAAGAGAAACUGAAAUUUGUCCCUAUAGGGAUGCUUGACGACUGUCGAAUGAUGUAGAUUAUAUAUAGGAAUUACAUUACUGAUUUUAUCAUUUUCUUACUUAG